AUGCGUCGCCGCUCUGCUUCAAGGGCAUCCAAUGACCCGUCGUCGCCAUGGGGCGAGUCAGGCGGGAGCGAGGGGGGCGGAGAGCGCGCGUCGUCGGUUCCCCCCUCGUCGCUACCGACGUCAUCGCCGCCAGGCGCCCUGUCCGACCUGACCGACGAGGCAGACGAGGGCGUGGUCGACUACCGCGCCAACCCGAAGCUCGAUACGUACGAAGAUGUGGGGAUCGACGAGAGUAAUUUUGAGACGAUGGAUGCGACGACGCGACAGCUGGCAGAGCUGCGCAUGGCGCGGCGCGAUCGCGCCGAGGGCGCGGGGCGCACGAGCCGUCGCGCGCCUGUCUUUCUGCAGAGUGAUGACGAGAGUGACGAUGGUGUGCUGCGGCGCCGGCGCCGGAGACACUACGAUGAGGUUCCUGAUGACGACGCGACGGCCGAUGACCUGCCGAUUGAGCAGCUCGGUGAUAUUAAGGCAGAAAGCAUUGCCAGCUGGGUGACUACCGAGAAUGUGCGCCGUACAAUUGUGCGUGAGUUUCGAAACUUCUUGGUUACAUACGUCGAUGAGCAGGGUGUCAGUGUGUACGGCCAGCGGAUCAAGACGCUUGGUGAGAUGAACCUCGAGUCGCUUGAAAUCUCGUUCCUGCACCUCGUCGAUGCUAAGGCCAUCCUGGCGUUCUUUCUGGCGAAUUCGCCGGCGAGUAUCUUGCCGAUCUUUGACGAAGUCGCCUUUGAUGUCAUCCUACUGUACUACCCGUCGUACGACCGCAUCCACCCCGAAAUCCACGUGCGUGUAGCCGACCUGCCCACCUCAUCCACCCUGCGUGAUCUGCGCCAGAGUCACCUCAACUCGCUCGUGCGUGUGAGUGGUGUGGUGACGCGGCGAAGUGGUGUCUUCCCCCAGCUCAAGUACGUCAAGUUUGACUGCCUCAGCUGCGGCGAGAUCCUCGGCCCGUUCUGGCAGGACUCGAACCAGGAGGUGAAAAUCAGCUACUGCUCCAACUGCUCACGCCGCGGCCCGUUCCGCGUGAACAGUGAGCAGACCGUAUACCGCAACUACCAGAAGAUGACGCUACAAGAGUCACCGGGAAGUGUGCCUCCAGGCCGCCUGCCGCGGCACCGUGAAGUCAUCCUUCUAUGGGACCUUGUGGACGCCGUCAAGCCAGGCGAGGAGGUCGAAGUCACGGGCAUCUACCGGAAUAACUUUGACGCGGCGCUUAACACGCGCAACGGCUUCCCCGUGUUUGCCACGGUUCUCGAGGCCAACCACAUUGCGAAACGCGACGAUGCCUAUGCCGCGUUCCGCCUAACCGAGGAGGACGAGCAGGAGAUUCGCGCGCUGGCGCGCGAUGAGCGCAUCGGUCAGCGCAUUGUCAAGAGCAUUGCGCCAAGUAUCUAUGGGCACAGUAAUAUCAAGACGGCCAUUGCACUCAGCCUGUUUGGCGGCGUAUCCAAGGACGUGGGCGGAAAGCACCGCAUCCGUGGCGAUAUCAAUGUCCUUCUGCUCGGCGACCCCGGAACAGCCAAGUCGCAGUUCCUCAAGUACGUCGAAAAGACGGCGAACCGCGCCGUGUUUGCUACCGGCCAAGGCGCCUCGGCUGUCGGUCUCACUGCAUCUGUGCGCCGCGACCCCGUCACGCGCGAGUGGACGCUCGAGGGUGGCGCCCUUGUGCUAGCCGACAAGGGCGUGUGCCUCAUCGACGAGUUUGACAAGAUGAACGACGCAGACCGCACGUCCAUCCACGAAGCGAUGGAGCAGCAGAGCAUCUCGAUCUCGAAGGCCGGUAUCAUCGCCACGCUGCAGGCGCGCUGCGCGAUUGUCGCUGCGGCCAACCCGAUUCGGGGCCGCUACAAUCCCACGGUGCCGUUCAGCCAAAACGUGGAGCUAACGGAGCCCAUCCUGAGUCGGUUUGAUGUGCUGUGUGUGGUGAAAGACACAGUGGAUCCGGUGCAGGACGAGAUGCUGGCGCGAUUCGUGGUGAGCUCGCAUCUGCGUGCACACCCCCUCUUUGACGACGCGGUCGACGAGACACGUGUGGCUACGUCGUGGGACGCGGACAUCCUUCCGCAGGAUCUGCUCCGCAAGUACAUCACGUACGCGCGCGACCAUGUCCGCCCCCGACUCGAUGCGCUCGACCAGGAACGCCUCGCGCGGCUGUACGCGGACCUGCGUCGCGAAAGCCUCAACACGGGCUCGUACCCGAUUACCGUGCGCCACCUGGAGAGCAUGAUCCGUAUGGCCGAGGCGAGUGCAAAGAUGCACCUGCGCGACUAUGUGCGGGCCGAUGACAUCGACGUGGCCAUCCGCACGACGGUCGAGAGUUUCAUCAGCGCCCAGAAAAUGAGCAUCAAGCGCACGCUUGAACGCGGUUUCCGCAAGUACAUCCACCAGGCGCGGGACCACGACGAGCUGCUGUCAUUCCUGCUGGGCGGCCUUGUCAAAGACAAGUUGCGGUUCACGCAGUAUCGGCACCGCACGGCUGAGCCGGCCCCGAUAGUCAACGUGCCGCUCGCCGAGCUGGAGGCACGGGCCAGGGAUGUGGAUAUCUACGAUGUGCGUCCGUUCCUGCUCAGUCGCGUGUUCCGUGCAAAUGGUUACCAGUGGCGUGAGACGGAAGGCACGAUUGUGAAGCAGUUUGUAGCGCAGCCCUCGCGUUCAUAG